AUGGCUCGCUUGCUGUUCCUCACCUUGGCCGCUGCCACUCUGAGCGCCGCUCACUUCCGCCUCGAUUGGCCUCCGACUGCUGGCUUCAUCGACGACGAUGAGCCAAACUCGCCAUGCGGUGGAGCUACUGUGACUGUCAACGACACCGCGCCAGAAGUUCAAGUCGAUCAAUUCGCGGUCGAGAUCUUCUCCUCUCAUCCGGCUGGCUCCUGGUCGUUCCAUGCCACCACCGACACCCAGGCCCCCUACAACUUUACCGAGAUUGUUCCGGUCGUGAAUAGCACCGGCAUUGGCGAGUUCUGCUUGACCAACAUUCGGGCACCGAGUGAUUUUGCUGGAAAGUCCGGCGUUUUGCAAGUCAUCGACCACUCGGUAGAUGGCGUUCUCUACCAGUGCGCUCCCGUCCGAUUCGUCUCUGGCUCCAACAGCACCGCCGGUCCAGCUUGCACCAAUGCUACCGGCUUUAGUGCUGAAUGGACUUCUACAGAGGCAUCGAGCUCCUCCAGCUCUCCAUCGUCCUCAGGCACGUCGCCUUCGUCCAGCGGUUCGGCUACCGCUCAGGCAUCGUCGACCUCCAGCGCUGCCGCCGCUAUGGUCACGGGCAUGGGAAGUGUCGUGGGAUUGGGUCUGCUUGCCGCUGGUCUUGUGUUCUAG